UUUGCAGCAGGAGUGAUUGGCAAUGUAUUGGCAAUCAUAUUCCUUGCCCGGUCAUCGAGAGAACAUAAACGAUCUGUCUUUUACAGACUAGUCGGAGCACUUGCCUGCACGGAUCUACUCGGCACGUGCGCUACAUCUCCAGUAACAUUAGCAGUGUAUGCGAAUAAUUUCAAAUGGGUUGGAGGAAUGCCGCUUUGCAAUUAUGAAUCAUUUAUGUUAAUAUUUGCUAGUUGUUCAACGAUAUGUAUUAUAUGCACCAUGGCCGUGGACAGAUUCGUUUCUAUUUGUCAUCCAUUUUUUUACGAUAAACAUGUGUCUGUUGGAAAAAUAAAAUUCAUAGUUUUAGCACUUUGGACAUUUGCCUUUGUAAUGGGAUGCUUGCCAAUCAUUGGUUUUGGGGAAAACAUUAUACAAUUUCCAGGAACAUGGUGCUUUUUCACGUUUACCAGUACAGUCAUGAAAAAUAAGAUUUAUGCUUACUUGUACGCAGUGAUUGGUAUUCUAGGAAUCAUUGUGACGGCAAUGUCAAACAUGUUUGUUAUAAUCGUGCUAGUGAAGAUGCAUCGUAAAGCAGCUGCUAUGUCACCGUGCAAUACGUGCUCACAUAGAUACAGCAGGGAAAUACAGAUGAUGGUUCUUAUGAUUGGCAUUGUCCUCAUUUUCUCCACAUGCUGGUGUCCAUUUUUGGUUCGUCUUAUCAUCAAUCAGAUUAAUCACAGACAUGUAAACGUCAAGGCUGAUCUUAUGACACUCCGUCUAGCCUCUCUAAACCAGAUUCUUGAUCCGUGGAUAUAUAUUCUGUUUAGAAAAGAACUGUUUUCAAAUGCAAUGAAAUUGGUACGAAACGUUUUGAGUAGAUUUUGUAAGACAGCAUCAAGAAAAAACAGCUCGUGUAAUUUCAAAAAUGGAAUCUCAAGUGCAAAUGACAGAACGUUUCAUAAAGAAUCUAAUGUUGACAGUUUAGCUAAUAAUAUUGAUGAAAACGACAUGUUUCUGAGCGAGCUAAGUUCAACAACAAGACAAAGCAAAAACUCAUUCGAGAAAGGGAAGUCGAAAAAAGACAAAAAUAUGUCAUCUCUAAAACAAUUGAUGAGUCAACACAAUCCACACUGUUUUGGGCUAAAACACCCAGCGUGUCUAUUUUGCUUUUCAAGUCUUCCUAGCGCGUUGGCAAUUUCGUUUGGUACGGGACAGACUUUCACACCAGAAAUGAUGACACAGGAAGAAAACGAACAAUCAAGCGAGGCGCAUAACUCAGAUGCAUAAAUUAUUACAUUUUAUUAGGCUGCACAUAAACAUGUAUAUACAAAUUUUAUGGCUAAAUAUCUGAGCCAUAAAUCUUUUAUAUUAAUUCUUGUUCUGAUAUAAAACAUACCAUUUCUGAUUGUUACUUUAAUUUAACAGUUUUGAGUGACUUUGUUUUAACAGUAUUUAAUGAAUAUGUCUUUUUACCUGACUGUGCCAAAUUUACAUUUCAUUAUUGGACAAUUAUUGACAAAAAAUAGUAUGCAUGCAUAAAAAAUAAAGUUAAACAAUGUUGAACAGAAAUUGUGAUCUUUGAAGUGGCGCUUCCUAUAUGAUGUGGAUGUUUAACAACAGUUACUGUGAGAUGAUGAGAUUUUUAGAGAAUGAUCGAGUAAAUGUCUCAAGUCGAUAACUAAAUGAUAUUUUUUUUAACUUUUCAUCUAUUUUCUUUGCAUAAAUGUUACCCAGUAAAUGGAAUUUGACAACAAUUAACAUUGUCAAGAAAAAAAUAUCAAAGGGCAGGACGUGAAGUGGUUGCACACUUAAUUGCUUCUUAAAGGGAGAAAAAUCCUUGCAAACUUGACAAAAUUGCUACCGAGUCAUGAAUAUUUACAACACCGGCACGUAUUUUCUUCAGGUAAAUGG